AUGGGAUCGAAUGAAAACUCUUGGUUUUUGUACCCAAGAACGAAGGGUGAGGUUGAACGAGACGUCGCAGCUCUUGAAUUCGAGAAAUUUCUCAUUGUACGGCCUGGAAUGCUCGAAGGACCAAGAGAAGUCGCUGGCAAUAUGAUUAUGGAGGAAGUACAAUACGAUAUGGUGCUUCCAGUGACUGCACCAGCUUUGGCUUCACUUAUGCUGGAAAUUGGUCUCGUGACGAGAACAUUA